AUGGGGGUGCCCGGAUUUACAUCUGAAGCUAUUGGCCAGGAAGUGGCCGUGUUCAAGGACCUGCGGCUCGCCAAGGAUCAAAGAAGGGAGAGGGGGUCCCGCCGCCCCCUCCCCUCCCUGGCUCACACCCAGCCUGCCUUUCUUCCAGAACGUCCCACCCUGCUCCUUUUACUGUCUUUGCUUCUGCUUCCUCUGGGCCUCCCAGUCCUCGGUGCUCCCCCACGCCUCAUCUGCGACAGUCGAGUUCUGGAGAGGUACAUCUUGGAGGCCAAGGAGGCAGAGAAUGUCACGAUGGGCUGUGCAGAAGGUCCCAGACUGAGUGAGAAUAUUACAGUCCCAGAUACCAAAGUCAACUUCUAUGCUUGGAAAAGAAUGGAGGUGGAAGAACAGGCUGCAGAAGUUUGGCAAGGCCUGUCCCUGCUCUCAGAAGCCAUCCUUCGGGGCCAGGCCCUGCUAGCCAAUUCCUCCCAACCACCAGAGACGCUUCAGCUGCAUAUAGACAAAGCCGUCAGUGGUCUGCGUAGCCUCACCUCCCUGCUCCGGGUGCUGGGAGCCCAGAAGGAAUCAAUAUCACCUCCAGACGCCACCCCACCUGCUCCACUCCGAACACUCACGGUGGAUACUUUCUGCAAACUCUUCCGGGUCUACUCCAACUUCCUCCGGGGAAAACUGAAGCUGUACACAGGGGAGGCCUGCAGGAGAGGGGACAGGUGACCCGCCGCCACGCCACCGUGGUCUAUCCACCAAGCCGCUCACCAUCACUGCCUGUCACGCCAACCCUCCACCACUCCCAACCCUCAUCAAAGGGCUUGUGACCUCCUCACCAGCUUGUCUGACGGACACUCCAGCACCAGCAGUGAUAUCCUGGGGCCCAGAAGAACUUUCCAGAACUGUGUUCUGAAAUCUAAACAUGUCACUGGGCCAGCCUGAGGCCCCAGAGCAGGAGACACUCGGAGAACCAUCUUGGA